UAAAAUAAAGAUAUAAAUAUAAACAUGAGAAGUUCAAGUAAAAUGUUCAAAUUGCACUGCAUAACAUGUUUAUUGCAAUAUAUACAGUGGUGUAUUAUUAUUAAUUCGAUAUUAAUGUUGAUUUGCAGUUUAAAAGGGUUUGGCAGCAGAAGGUGAAGUAAGUUUAAUGCCAGCUUAUGGACUCAUACUCCUUGUCCAUCAGACCGGCUCCAGUUUUAGCGCCAUGCUUUUUUGAUUCGGAACUAGUUCCCAGUUUAGGAACUUGGAAAAUGAUCUGUGAACUAGUUUUAAACCAAAAAAACAUCAUCAAGGAGCUAGAUCUGAUAGCUCCGUGACAGUGCCGGGUAUCAGCGUCUGAUUCUCUGAUGGAGAAGAUAAACAGUCUCAUGGCCUCGGGCAGAAAUGACUUCCUCUUUGACUGCCUCAGACAGAAAUGACUUCCUGUUUGAUGGCCACAGGCAGAAAUGACUUCCUGUUUGAUGGCCACAGGCAGAAAUGCCUUCCUGUUUGAUGUUCCACAGGCAGAAAUGACUUCUCGUGGCGCUCUGUGGUGUAAUUUAGUUUCUCACUGAAUCUACUCCUUUGCUAGAUUGACUUCAUUUAGCUGUGGGUCCAGGAAGUGUUUGCUUUGAACUUUUCAUACCUUACAGAGGAGAGGACCUGCACACUCAUGUGAAUUUCUUAUUCCAAGUGAUUCAACGUAAUAACACCGGGCAUUACAUUAUUUAUAGCCAAUACAAAAUCCAGUCAGUCAAUAAGGUCAACGUGUAUUGAAUCAAGACAAUAAGUGAGCAAUUAGAAAAAGUCAAAUAUAUGCAUAAAAGUGAUAAUGCAGCAUGUUGAAGUCGCCCCCGGAUCUUGUUGGAAUUUCAUUGUCCACUCUUUUGGUAUGUGCCGUAGGAUUGAUUAGAGCCCACAUUGUGGGAUGAAUGCCUGAAUUCAAAACAUUCUUCUAUUUUAUCCCCUACAAUUGUUAGUUUUUUCAUUGAUGUGUGGCCUAUUUAAUAAUUCGGCAACUCUUAAAAUCCUCAUGUAAUUGCAAAUAGUGCCAGCAUGAUGGCUGUAUCUUCAUGCUGACAAGUGGCUUACUUUAACGUUUGUGCAAUUCAUCCAGAUACACAGCUCUAAUGAUCAAGACAAACAACUUUUGCACUGUUUCUUGUGGAAGGGUACAAGUAGCCUAGAGUUUAUAUAUAUAAAAAAACCUUUUAUAUCAGAGUUAUUUUCAUGGCUUGAAUUGUGUUCAGUGGCUACAUAAAGUGAAAGCAUAUCAUGUGACAUCUGUGUUUCACUUUAUUCAUUAAUAUCAGUAUUAAGAUGACUUAGUGCAUUGAUAUUGCCAGUGCAGCAGGAGGCAGUCUACUGCAUUACAACGUGUUUACAGUCUGCACCGACAGGUCUUUUUCUCCAGGUUCAUAUAAGGGUUCAUAUAAGGACACACUGGACUCAAUAAUACAUUAUUCAUAUUGAAAAAUCAAAUCCAAUAAAUGUGAUAUUUAAACUGUAAGGAGACAGUUUAAUUGUGUUAUAUGUUGUAGAAGAUUCACUACAGAAAGAAAAAUACUGAAGAAUAUGGUGAUAGCGAUAGGAAGGGAGUGGAGUAUAAAAUGAUUGUUAGAUAAUUUAUUUUUUAUUUUAAUUUUCUUUAAUUGAAUAAUUUAAAGAAAUCAGUGUUGAAGUUACAUCCUCCGGUCAGUAGGGGCGGGCAUGCACUUUGAAACGUUGGUUUACAGCCCGCCAAGAAACAACCGAAGAAGGAAAGCAGGAAAAGAAGAGGAUCCGGGCUAACCAUGGCUACAGCUGACAGUGGGGCUAAGCCCCUUCAAAUUGCUAUGAAAAUGGCAAAACUUGCAAUACAACUGGACGGAGAGAACAAACACAAGGAAGCUUACUGUGAAUACCUCCGGACGAUCAACUUCAUAUCACAUGCACUUUUGGAGGAGGCUGGAUCACAAAAUGAUGGGGAUGUGGUAGCAGUGGAGGUAGGGCGCAUGUUGAGGUUGGCUGAACAAUGUCUGGAGCGAGUCAAGUCUUUCAUAGGGAAGAGAGCUGACCCCCCCGACCUCUCUGCCUCCGUCUCGGCUCCCUUUUCCUCUUCAGCUGGCCAAUCAGAGCAAAACCAUACAACUGUCCUCACAGACACCGAUGCAAACCCUGUCACAGCCCCUUCAUCUGAUACUCCUGUUGACAAAGGGCGUAAAUCAACCAGCCCGACAAAUACCGGUCACUGCAGGAUGUUGUCAGAUGGAACCGGGGAGCUCUCCUCUUUUCUGCCUCCUGAAGUCUUCCAGAGACUACAAACAGUGCAGUCACAGGACAUAAGCAAAAAGGAGCUGACACCCAUUGAAGAAGCAUCACGUUUGAACCAGAAGUUGAAAGCCAAUUACGAAGCUCGUCUGGCAAGGCUCCGCCCUGGGCAGGCCUACCAGAAGACGUCUUUGACGCUGUCUCUCCAGAGGCAGAUGAUGGAGAACCUCAUCAUAGCCAAAGCCAGGGAGGAUGCUCUCCAGCGGAAGAUGGAGGAGAGAAGACUAAGACUGCAGGAAGAGGCCAACAGGAGAUUUUCAGCAUCUGGGGCAGAGGAGCAAGAGCAGCGCAUUCUCUAUACCAAUGUGCUGGAAUAUGAGCAAGACCAUGAUUGGCCUAAACUGUGGAAAGCCAACAUGAAGAAGAGUCCUGAUGAUGUCACAUUAGUGUCCGGUCUAGUCUCCUACCUGCUCAGCCGGGCUGACCACCCUGUGGUGAAGCUGCUAAGGAAACACCAGUACCGGGUUUACAACAGACUCUACCCCAUCGUCAGCAAAGGUCUCCUCCAGAGUCCUCCGUGCCUGCUGACGCCUCCUCGCAGCACUCACCCAACUCACCCAGAGAAGAAGAUGACCAGAGGCAGCAGUAUUGGCGGCCAGAGCUUCUGCACAGCCUCGUCCCUCUCCCCCUUACUCUCUCACAACCACUCCACCAACUAUGAUGAUGAGGAAGGGGAGGAGCUUCACUCGCAGGCGAUGGUGGAUCGGGAGAACUCAUUUGAAGAUCUUGAGCAGUUCAUGACCCAGCUGGACUGGGCCCCGCUCCACAGCAGCACAGAGGACUCGGAGGUGACCUGUGACCCCUCAAUGCAGCCGGAGCAGGACGAGGGCAGCAUCCAGGAGCUGGAGAUGAGAGCGCUGACAGAACAUCUGAAGGCUGUGGUCAAAGACAUUCAUAUUGCAAUCGAUCAACUUCUAUCCCUGUGUUUGCUCUCCUUUGAGUGCCUAAACACAGCUAACUCUAAGGACCUGUGCCUCGCCAGCAUAGAGGAAGCCUUCUUCACGCCACUUUGGAGCGCGCUGGUGGCUCUCUUCAGGAGGGUCUACAGAGAAAGGGAGCAGGCCUUUGAGACAAGUAUGAAGCUGUACCAGGACGUUUCACCUGGAGAUGUUGGUGUCCCCUCCAAACUGUUCCCCGACGACUCUGACGCACAGCAAGGUUCCUACCCCUAUGAGUCUGCUGUGCAGGAACUGAAGCUCCUGCUCAAAGACUGCUGUCCACAGAGGAAGUUGGAAUGCAUCGUUAGGACAUUACGGCUGAUCUGUGCCUGCGCUGAGGACUACAGGUGUCUUCAUGAGGUGGACUCCACACCAAAAACAGCCGCCAUCGGUGCAGAUGACCUGCUGCCCAUCCUGUCCUUUGUGGCUCUGCGCUGCCAGUGUCCUCAGCUGGUGUCUGAAUGUGCUGCUCUGGAGGAGUUCAUUCAUGAAGGCUACUUGAUAGGAGAGGAAGGAUACUGUCUGACCUCCAUGCAGAGUGCCUUGGCCUAUGUGGAGUCACUGCAACCAGGCCAACUCCCUGCACACAAACUCGUAUGAAAAAAGGCUGCUGCAGUCUGAGAGAUCUCCAUCCCAGCAUGCCCUGCUGCACUGCAGAGAGCGCGGCUGAACCUGCAGCUCCCUGCAUGUUGUGCAGAUGCAUGUUCUCACACAGACACAAGCUGGGCUUUGCCAGGACCUCUGGUCUGUGUUUUCAUACUGCUGCAUGAGCUGGCACCGGAUAGUUAAAGGGACUGGGGAAUGUGGGUGAGACUGGAAUUCUCUUAGGGAACCUUUGGGAAUGAAGCCAUUGAUUAUAAGAAUGCAUAUUUGUAAACUAUAUUCCAGGUUCUUGCAAAUUCUUUUUCUUCUUCUCUGAAUAAGGAAGCCAACCACAUGUGCUUCGGUUAUAGCAUUUCAACGUUUAGGAAAAGCCGCUUGAAGGCGACUAUAUCUAUUUUUAUCCAUGUAUCCUGUGGCAUUUUUUCUUCACUUUUUUUUUAUUAUAACACAUACAAACUCAUUGAUUUUUGAGACUAUAAAUUAAGAAUUGUAUUAUAUGCACUUGGGGUGAGACUACACUCGAUGAACUUUGACUAGAUCUACUGGAGACAGACCUGCCUCUAGGAGAAAGAUCUAACACACUGGAGGAGCACAGGGAGAACAGUUUGUAGUGAUGAUUUGAGUAUUAACAGUCACCAUGUUGGUUAACCUUUGAUUUACAUAUACAGGGUGAGGGGGGUACUGACUGAAGGUAGUAAUGCCUUAUGUAGUUAUGUAAUUUUGUAUCUGUUAGUGUGUGUUGCUUCUAAGACAAUUUGCAAGCCUUGCCACAAAACAUCUAUAUUUGAAAUGCCAAGUUUAGAAAUCAACAAACACUCCAGAGAUAAGGUCAAAAGUUAACACAUAUUCACAGCUUUUCAACCAUUUCCCAAUGCUUCCUCGACAUCUACAGCAAAAUGGCAAGCUUAAUCAUUGGAAAUAGAACAUCCACCGAUUGAUCCUGGGACACUUUUAAAGCUGUAGCUGCUCGGUGUUAAACAGUCAUGUUGAUUGGACUGGACGGGAGCCAGUUCUUUAGUGUAUUUGACAUUUUUAAACAUCCUUCAAACUCUUUGGUUUUAAGGAGAUGCAGACACCAGUGGGUGUUACCUCUUGCAUAGUUUUAGGCCGUUACUGAUAAAUCACGAUUACUCGAUUUAUCCAGUCCAGGCAGACAAGUGCACCAACUAAUCUCAGUUGUGAUUGCGUUAAUGGAUUGAAACCUGUUGUGGUGCCUCUAGAUAUCUGUAGACAUGGUAUCCCCCAGUAGAUGAUAUAAAAUCUACUAAAUGUGUAAUAAAUUGGUCGGCUUACAUCUGCAAAAAUAUUGUUUGGUUGUUUUGAAGACCCACCUGAAGCAGACUUGUAUGCAGUGUCUCAGCCUAAAAAACUGCAGUUUUAUAAAAAGUCUUUUUUUUUAGUUUGGUUUGUUGGCUUGCUUGAAUUUAAAACUAUUUUAUUUGAUUUCUGCAUGGGCCCAAAAGAUGUGAAAAUAUGUCCUAAGAGCUGUUUAAGUUUUAGUAACUACUUUUUGUUACUUUUAACACCAAAAACAGAUCUAUGUCCAUGUAACAAGUCUUAAGGUAAUGAUAAUAAACAAGUGGAUGAAACCACUACAUUAAUUUAAUUUACGCAAUGUACAUGUUGGUAUUGUUUUUGAAAAUGUUUGUUAUUAUAUAACUGUUUUACUGUGAAAGGCUGGGUAUGUAAGAAUGAGUGAUGAAUGUGUGUUUGACGGACGGGUCAAUAAAGAAAAUUAUUUAAAUUAAAGAA